GAAAUUGCAUUGUGGGAAAGUGAGUCCUCUGGUCGCCAUUACGUAUACUUGCAUCAGAUGCUUAAAUCAUGCCUGGAUUUACUUGCUGUGUGCCUUACUGUUACAACAACAAUAAGAGAGAUAGACAUUUGAGAUUUUACAGGCUCCCAGCGGACACGGAGGAACGGAAAAUAUGGGUCGAUAACAUUGGUAGAGCUGGGAAGAAAGGGAAGUUCAGUAGGUUUGAGCCAACAAUAGGGCACCGCGUUUGCUCUGAACACUUCGAAGGAGGGAAGAAAACGUACACUAUCAGAAGACCGACGGUAUUUAGGUACAAAACAGAAAAGGUCACUCAGUCUAGGAGAACUUUGAUUAAACAAACGCUACAUGUCACUGAGUCUGUAAUGUCGGAAAAUGCAAAAACAGACGUCGGACAUCACGACGACCAUUCCUACAGCAGCCCACAUUCAGACAUGGAGGACCUUCUGAAAUCAGUGAAAGAAAAAAGUGGGAUUAUUCUUGAAAUGGAGGACAAAUUAUGUGAUAUACAAAAAGAACUUUCAGAGACAACACAGCAUCUUAAGCAAUGUCAGACCGACUUAGAACAGACAAAGAAGAAGGCAGAGGAAAAUGAUGUGUGGGAAGAACGUUAUAAAGAUCUCCAGAAAAAACUUGAAGAAGAGAAAAAGAAAGAAAACACUUUCAGCAUGGAGUCUUUGAAAGAGAAACCAGAAGCUAUUAAGUUUUACACAGGGUUUUCUUCCUAUGCAGAAUUCAAGAACUUUCAUGACUUUCUGUCUCCAGAUAUAUCUGAUAUGUACUGCUGGGAUUCAAAUUACCAUGACAAAGACACACCAAGAGGAAAAUACACCUGUUCUUUAGAUUCAGAAGAUGAACUACUUCUUGUCUUGACCAGGCUGAGAGUUGGAUUACUAGAAGAAGACCUCGCUUUCAGGAUGGGAGUAGGUGUAGCUACAGUUUCAAGGAUUUGCAGGACAUAUUUUGAGCUGAUGCAUUUUCGCUUCCGGCAGUUGCCCAUCUGGCCAUCUAAGGAAAUUGUAGAAGCCACUAUGCCACAGUGCUUCAAAGAAGAGUAUCCAUCUACCAGGGUCAUUUUGGACUGCACAGAACUUUUUAUUGAAAGCCCGUCAGGAUAUAUUGCACAGUCAGAGACGUAUUCUACCUACAAAAGUCACAAUACUGUCAAAGGACUUGUGGGAAUAGCACCAAAUGGAUUUAUCAGUUAUGUGUCAGAUUUGGCUCCUUGGCACAUGUCAGACAAAGAAAUGACAGAACUUAGUGGACUUGUGGAUCUGAUGGAUGAGGGGGAUUCUGUCAUGGCCGACCAAGGAUUCCUAAUUGAUGAAUAUCUCGCGAAGAGGAAGGUAAAAUUGAAUAUCCCUCCAUUUAUUGGUUCUCAGGGACAACUUAGUCCAGCCGAAGAGGAAGAAACAAGAAGAAUUGCCAGGCUCAGAAUUCAUGUGGAACGUGUUAUCGGGAAAAUUAAAAACUAUCGUUUAUUGAAUUAUGUAUUUCCAAACUCAAUGGCUAGUGAUUUGAACAAGAUAUGGGUCAUAUGUUGUUAUUUAGUGAACCUAUGCACAGAACCAUUAUUGUCUGAAUGACUGGUAAAAUUAUCAUGUGCAGACUGAAAACAGUCCAGACUGUUCUGAUUAACUAGGAUGUCUGAAACUCGAGAAACAAGAAUGUUAAUAUCUUUUAAAAUUUAUUUGGAAAGUAAAAAUGUUCCAUCACAGAUGCCUUUCAUCACAGUAACAAAACUUUUUUGUAAGGAAAUAUUUUUUGGAAUGUAAACUUAAGAAGCACCAUCACAAUGUCUAGGGAGACUUGAUUUUACUGAUACAGCACCAAGCUACAAUAAAAGGUACAUCACAUAUUCUGUAAACUACACAUUAUGUGACAUAAAUAUGGUAAAAACACCAAAUGGAUAAAUCUCAUCCGACCAUGUACAUGUAUGUACGUAGUAAGUAAUACAAUGUGUUGAAUGCUAAAAUGGAGAAUAUAUCUCGUCCAAAUAUGUACCUGUAUAUAAUAAGUAAUACAAUGUGUUGAAUAAUAAAAUCUCUCAAAUAUCA